AUGGCGAGGCCGCAGACUCGAAGGCGCCAGUGCGCAGACUCUCCUCCCGCAAAAAGAGCACGCCAGGGCAACUUCUCGCCUGCAUUCUGGGAUAACUUGUCCAAGAUUUGGCUCACACGGCGUGCCUUGAGAGAACUCGACCGUCGGAACAGCACGCGUCCUCGUCCAGAAUUGACAACGCCCGAGGUGCGCCCUAUAAACCUCGCUCGUCUCGCGAGACACGGCGGCCCAGAUUUUUGCCAUCUUCGAGGGUAUCCUGAACCGGAAGCCGCCAUGAGCUUGUGGCAAUGGACCCAGCCGACGAGCGGUCCCCCCCGGGCCAGAAGGACAUCGCUAUACGACGCUGAUUUCGAACAGCAUCUCGCCGACCACAACAUCUACACCCCAUUCUACGACUUCUCCGAUGGCCGUUCACCCCUCAAACCAGCCAAUCUAGAAGAAACUCUCCUGCUGCUCACGAAUCAUCGACCAUCGCUUUCACUGUCACGGUUUACAGAGUCCGACUUUGUCGACUUUCAACGCAAGGACAAUGCGACGUCGGAAAGCACCAUCAUACGCAACGUAAUCCCAAUCAUUACCGGCAACGCCGACAUUCCGAACGAGAGCAACCUCCCAUUCACCAACCUCGAGUCACUAACGGACGAAGACACUGCCAAAGCAGUACCCGACUUCUUCGACGGAGCUCGACCUGGUGAUAUCGACACGAGAGUUAGAGAGGAUCUGAAUAACCUGAUUCGGCCGACAAAGCAUGCGCUCGUUCCCGUUGUACCAAACUUCUUCCUCGAGGUCAAGCCUCUGACUGGGAGGGCAGACGUGGCCCGGAAGCAAGCGUGUUACGAUGGAGCACACGGAGCCAGGGCCAUGCACGCCCUGCAAAAUUACGGAGAGACUGAGCCGACAUACGACGGAAAGGCCUACGCCUACAGCGCGAUUUACCAUGCCGGCAUCAGCAUUCUUCAACUCUUCGCGCACCAUGUCGUGGAGCCGACUACAGCCGGGGGAUAUCCAGAGUACCGCAUGGCUCAACUAAGGUCAUUUAGUAUGGCGGAUACCCGUGAGACCUUUGUCCAAGGAGCCGCCGUAUUUAGGAACGCUAGAGACUUGGCUAAACGACAUCGGGAUGGCUUCAUCCAGUCUGCAAACGCUAGAGCAGCUCGGGCGACGGCAAUGGUUGGAGAGGAGCGCCAAGAGAUAUCAGCCUCUCACCAAGCGCACGGAUUUCCUCAUCGCCCCGACGACAGUGCCUGGCAAAAUUCCCAUGACGCGCUCCAGCAACACAUUGCCGACGGUAGCGACCAGGCUUCUCAAGGAGACGCUGAGCCGGUCACCGAGGACGAUUCGCAGAACCCGAGCCAGGAAUAG